AUGGCGGACGUCGACAAGGAUGAAAGGUCUCCUUUACUCCUUCAUCAGGAGCCCACUGCUCCGGCUUCUACCCCUCCACCGGAGUAUGCUCCUUAUCCAUCAGAAAGUGCACCAGGCGGUCACACAGUAGUAACUGUACCACCCAUUGGGCCAGAUGAAUUGCCUCCACCAUACACGCCGACUCCACAUGGCAUCCAUACCAUUACGUGCAAGGUGUGCCAAGGACCAAUAAGUGUUGCAGGAAAACUGAAUCAACAUGUUGUCAAGUGUGGCAUAUGUAAUGAGGCAAUGCCUAUUAAAGCUGCCCCUCCAGGGAAGAAAUAUGUGCGAUGUCCAUGCAACUGUUUGCUGAUUUGUAAAGCAACAUCACAGAGGAUAGCUUGUCCAAGACCAAACUGCAAGCGGAUAAUCAACCUUGGUCCCAUUCCAACAGUUACUGUUAGAGAGUCUGGAACAAGGAGGGUACUCUGCGGACAUUGUGAGGAACAAUUUUUGUUCAAUGUCAAUCGUCGAGCCUUGGCUAGAUGCCCACAUUGCCGAAGAGUUUCGUCAGUUGGUGCUGGCUAUGCCAGGACACGAGCUAUUAUAUUUGGAAUUGCUGGCCUUGUGUUCCUGUUGGCUGGUAUUGGAGUCACGAUUGCCACGUAUGAGAUAGCCUCUUACUCGGGUGGUAUUUAUGUUGUGUGGAUCGGUGCGUUUGUGAGCGGAUUUCUCCUUCUUAUCCGAUCAUUGUAUUAUUGCUGUAUGAAAGUCAGUUCGGUUAACGGACCCGCGUAAGAACUGAAGAAAGUACCAAAUUGACAACGAACAAACCAGCCGUAGAGAGCAACAUUGUUGAUGGACUCGAACACCCUGAGAAUCAGUUCCCCAACUGACUGAGAAUAUUAUCUUAAUUUUAUGUAUUCAUAGCAGGCCUUCUAACUUACUGAGCGACUUGCCCUGGAGCGUGUCUGGGAAAAUGACUGACCAGCUGGGCAAGUUAGUUGGAAGGCCUGCCUGAUGCUUUGAGAGUUUGUGCUAAGCUUUGGAACUUGAAGGCAAGGCAGUGCCAAAAUAGGCCUUUCAGUUACAUGGCCACUUUAAAUACACCUGGGACUUUUUUUGCCUUUUGUGGGAACUCGUAGGGGGUCAAUUACUCCUAAAACAGAGACUUUUUUCUGUGAUUUGUAUGGAGUUAACUGUAGUUUAAUGUACAUAUUUCACAUAUCGCUUGAAUUUCCUGCAAGAUCUGCUUGAAAGCGGAAGGUGACGAUGUUUCAUUUGAUAAAAUUCGGUCAAAAAAUUAUAUCUGAUUAAUAUCAGUCAUUAAUAUCUUUUGCUAUUCAAUAAGCAUUCCAUAUGUCAGAUUAUUUUUGAUGAAUUUUGGCUUCCUGCCUGCCUUCGCGGAUGACAGCAUGGCCAAUUGUCCCUUGAAUUUUUGUUUCUGGUGCUUCAGUUUUGUCUUUGUGACCUCUACAUGUAAUGAUCUGUUGAACGAUCGCAUAACAGGUGAUAUUGUGCUAUCAUUUAUUCUAAAAUGACACUUUCUUGGGUUGCACCGUACAUGUGUGUGUGAUUUUGAGAAACGGGCAAAAAGUUGGAAGAGAACUUGAACAUGAUCAUAUAAACUUUCUAAAGAAUUUCGGAUGGAAAAAAAGUAGUUUCAGCAAGGUCACAUUAUUCGUCUUGAAAAUUAUAACUCGCCAUAAUGACUUUGAUGAUGCUGAUGAUUUUGUUACCUGUAUUCCAUGUUUCACUUGAUGUCCUGCAUUUGAAAUCGUCAACUUAGUCCUAUUGUCCUAUUUACUUAUUGUAUAUAUCCGUAGACGUAGCACAAAUUUCUGUGAUGUAUCAUUGUAGCGUUUUGAUGUCCACUUUUAUCUGGAUGCUGAUCGCUACAUUCAUUUGUACAUAGUCACUUGGAAUUCAUGAAAUUAUGUUUAUGAUUUUGACAUUUUGUUGUUUACGGUGUAAGGAUUUCACUGAGUGUUAUCUUGAAUGCAUCUUGCUUUGCAUGCCAUACAUGUAGUAUUGUACAUGUAUGAUGUGAUGCAGUUAGCUUCAGGCCAGGAGCAAAGCAAAUCAGUGUGAUGCCAGAGAGUCAAUUUACUGUAAGAAUGGGUACAUGUAGUUGAGAAGGGCCCAGUAAAAAACAUGUGAAAUACUGAUUAUAAGUUAUGUGCAAUAAAUAAUGGUCAGAGAUGAAAAGAUAUGCAUUAGCUUGUUUUGGCAGGAUUACGUUGCUGGAUUAUUCCAAAAAUCAGUGUGGCGCUUGUACUCUUAAAUAUAUUUGUAAAUUCCUUUAUAUAACCACUGUAUGUCAAUAACCAGAAAUACAUGUGCAUCUGCAGUGUAUCAAAGACAGAUGGUCACUUUUGCAUGUCAUGAUUCUUGUGUGAACAGACAAAUAGGUGAUUGAAAAUGCCGGCUCCAUAUGUGUUGAUGGGUCACUUUUCACGAAUGAGACAAUGAGACAUUCGUUGUGAUGUGAACCAACAAAGUGAGCCAUGAUUAGGGCAGGUGAUAAGAUUACUUUUACUUUAUUUGACCUGCCUCCGAAACAAGGGAUUUAAGCGACUUGCAUUGUUGAUAAUCGCAGGUUUGCGCCACUUCAGGUCUCACUGUGGUGAAUGGACAGUUGGAAAGUAUUUUAUCACAUGUCUCUCUUGUAUAUUACAAAUUGUAUUCUAUUUCUAUUUACAUGUACGUUAGAGGAUGAAUUUAUAAAGUCAAUACUAUUUCAUCAGUGUGAAUCCAA